UACUCCACCCUUACCCUCCAGUGGGUCUUGGCCUCCCAGGGUACUUCAGGCUGCCCACUGUGUGAGGACUGAUGCCCUUCAGGCCAGGCGACACAGGGUGGGGCGAAAGGGCCUCCAGGGAGCAGAAAGGAAAGCGAAACUUCCUACCCAGACUUUCGCUUUCGCCGCCUCCGCGCUGUCCAGGUGGCCCCGGAGCGCGAUCCCCUGUCGCCCUGGGGUUCAGUCACCCGCGCGCCCCAGACCUGGUUCCCGGAGCACUGCGUUCCCCUAUGGCCGGCGACCCCUGGCGGAGGGACAAAGGGAAGGUCUCCGACAGCAGGCGACCCAUGGCGGGGGCCGGGGGUCCCCUGCGCCUCCGAGAAUGGCUGGUGGCGCAGAUCGAGAGCGGGCGCUAUGCGGGGCUGCGCUGGGAGGACGCAGGCAAGACCCUCUUCCGCAUCCCCUGGAAGCACGCAGCCAAGCAGGGUUACCAGGUGCGGCAGGACGCUGCGCUCUUCAGGGCCUGGGCCAUAUACAAGGGCAAGCACCUAGAGGGCAUUGACAAGGAGGAUCCCUCUACCUGGAAGACACGGCUCCGCUGUGCCCUCAACAAGAGUGCUGACUUCUGUGAAGUACCUGAGCGCAGCCAGCUGGACAUCUCCAACCCCUAUAAGGUCUACAGGCUCCUGUCUGAUGGUGCCCACGACCCAGUUACCAGGGCUUGUGCUCCCAGUAAAGAGGAGGGCAUUCUUCAGAGCCAGCAGAAGCCCCCCGGAGGAGUGACAGAGCCAGGCUGCAGGACAGAAGAGCAGGAUGUAUCCGGAUUAGUCACAGAGGAUAAAGACAAGGAGCAGCCCUCCAGGCUAGCCCAGCAGGACUUCCUGCUCCCAAGCCCUUUGGCUGACCACAGCUACCAGGCACAGAAUCCCGUUCACCCCUGGAGCCCUUUGCCCUCUGAAGAUUUCAGCAACCCUGAUUGCUGGCUGCACGUGCGGCUCUUCUACCGCGCGGAGCUGGUGCGCGAAGCCACAGCGCUGGCGGCCGAGGGCUGCAGCCUGAGCCCGCGCGCGGCCACCGCGGCCGCCGAGCGACUGCUGGGGCCGCCGCCGAGGGUCGCGCAGGUUCGCUUCCCGGAGCCGCCGGCCAGCGCCCACGUGCUGCGGCGCCUGCUGCCCCACCUGGAGCGCGGCGUGCUGCUGUGGGUGGCGCCCGAGGGCGUCUUCGCCAAGCGCCUCUGCCAGGGCCGCGUGUACUGGCGCGGCCCGCUUGCCCCGCACCGCGCGCGGCCCAACAAACUGGAGCGCGAGCGCACCUGCCAGCUGCUCGACACGCGCCGCUUCCUCGCGGAACUGCGAGCCCACCUACAGGAUGGUCGCCCAGAGCCCGAAUACCAGAUCCGGCUGUGCUUUGGCGAGGAGUACCCAGGGCCCCCGGACCAGCCCGAGGAUCGGCUCAUUAUGGCCCAUGUGGAGCCAGUCUUCGCCAGGGAACUCCUCCUGCACUCGAAGAUCCACGGCCAGGUGCCCGGGUGGCAGGUUCCCAGCCUAGCAUCCCCGACAGCAUCAAUCACCCUCUGAUGCAGCUGAGUCAGCCCUAAGCGGCUUCUUCUUCAUACCAUACCCACUAAAACAACUCCCCACAGGGUAUAGAUCCCACCCUAGUCCUGCCCCAACUGAGCCAGGGGAUUUAAAGUAGGUUGGGACAGUGGAAGCCAGUCACCGCCUUCAACCACUCAGCCACCAAGCUGGAGCCUGGGAACCAGGCGCAGAGAUAGACAGCUGGACCUGAGGCAUCAGGCUUGGAAAUCAAACUCAACCUUGAGGCUCCAGAAAUAACAAUUAGGACAGAAACAAGGCUUGAUCUUUUUGUUGAGAGUCGGACAUGUCUACACUGGUUUACCUAAAGCAGACUCUAACUGCAGUUGAUCCGUUAUAAAGUUUGCUUAAAGCUGAGUUUACUGGGAGUUCCCUGGCACUCCAGUGGUUAGGACCCUGCACUUCCACUGCUGGGGGCCCAGGUUGGAGGGAUCCCUUGUCGGGGAACUAAGAUCCUUCAAGCCCCACAGUCUGGCCAAAAAAAAAAAGGGGGAGGGGAGGGGUGGCUGAGUUUACUAAUAAUUAAACCCUUGGUAUGGUUUAGACUGAAGCCCAACCAGUAACAGAACUGUCACACUUCUGAGGGAUUCUGAGUUUCCAGACCCUCAUUCCACCUGCCACAAGUCUCUCUUCUUUGGAGGGGGUAAGAGGUAGUGGGGGUCGGGGCUCCCAAAACAGAGGACUUGACCUGAACUUGGGGCUUUGAAUGCUAACCACUAAACCGCCACCUGUAGAUACUGACUUUGGAGAACCUGAGGCAGGCCUAGGAUAGGAACCUAAGUGGGAGCCAGGAGUCCAUCCCAUGCCCAAGCCCCACCAAUUUUUGCAAAAUGUGAGUUGUAGGGAGUCUGUGAGAAUUGGGAGGGAACCCGCUCCACCAUGAAGGCAGUGACCCUGCCUUGUCAGUAAAGUCACUGUUUUCUACCCCA